AUGGAACUUGUCAAAGCAGUUGGGUGGCAAUUCCCGUUAAUGGACAAUCUGUUGCUUUGGUUUGAGAAGGUGUUCAUGUCGGCAAAUCUGAAAAAAUCUGUGCAUAUAGCAAUGAUCCUUUGGGCAGUAUGGACAACUAGAAACGACUUAAUCUGGAAAAAUAAACAGAGAAGUCAAUAUGCUAUCUUAAAUCUUGGUUUGAGGUUUCUUGAUAGUUGGAGAAAUGCACAGAGUCCUCAAGAGGCACAAACAGCAGCUUGCCUGAAUUCUCAGUCUUGGUGUCGCCCUGGUCCUAGUUUUCUAACGUUAAAUUCAGAUGCUUCACUUAGUGGUAAUGGAGCUUAUGUGGGUCUGAGCUGUGUUAUUCAUGAUCAUAAUGGGGCUUUUGUGACUGCGCAGGUCAAGAGGAUACAGUGUAAUCUGGGUGCGAAAAUGGCGGAGGCUCUAGCAAUUAGUGAAGCAUUGAUAAAAUUCAAAAACUUAUAA